UGCUUCAGUUCUUGUCUACCCACCAGGGAGGUGAUAUCCGCUCGCCUUCUCCUACGUUUAGCGGCUGCUUCAUUAUUGCUCCAGCAUCUGUGAUCGACGUCGACUGUACAUCAACAAUGUCUCGGCCUACAGUAGCCAAAAUGAUUCACAAUGUGCUCUUGUCUUUCUUUAAGAGCUAUCGCAAAUGCUUCAUUAUAUUUCUAAUUUGUAUUGUAUUGUCUGUGGUCAACGGUAUUGUUCUAAUGUUGAGCAAAGGCGCCAACUGUGACUGUGCGACUCCAGCCUCGGUAACCAUGCAGACACCUGUAAACAACGUGCAGCAGGAAGUGAAUUAUACAACAGAAAAUUACGGAGCGACUGUUCCAGGAAACACAUCAGGACACCGUCAGGAUCUGCCUUCUACAGUUAAUGGUGUCACUGAACCCGGGACAGACUUUAUGAAACAAAUCCUAAAACAGCAGAAUGAACUAAAGACCAUGGGAUGCAAACCGACGAAACUUGCCGUGAAUGUGCCUGAGUUACUUGCUCGAGAGGACGCUCUGCUAGACAAGAACUUUGAGCCACAGCAGGUGGUUGUGAGCCUCUGUCAAUCCUCCUGCAGUUAUUGUCAGUCGCCACGAAAAUGUCUGCCUAUACCUGGAAGUCAACGUAACACUACCAUAGUCUUGUAUACUAUUGAAAACAACAAAAUUAGGUAUCACCAACGACUUCUCGUUGAGGACACGGCAUGUAGUUGCCAGUAAACGUGAUACUUUAUAAAACUAAUUAUUGGUGCUUGUGAAUAUGAAAUGUUUCAGUGGAUCCGUGUGCAAUAACAUCACAUCACAAUUUGCUUUCCGGAUACUAUGUUGAUACUAUGUUGCUAUGUCAGUCUUAGUAAAUUUAAUUUAAUGAACAAUAAAUGUGUGCGUGUGUCUACUUAAACAUAAGUUGUAUGACCCUGGUGGUUUAACGCUUAGUUUUGAUAAUAAUAAUAAUAAUAAUAAUAAUAAUAAUAAUAAUCUACUUAAAUAUGCACAUUUAUAUAAAUU